CCAAAGGCCGCUGAUUCCAGAAGGUACUGUCUGGCGUGAAAUUAGUCUCAGAUGAAACAUAAGUCGCGCAUCGCGUGUACUGCGCAUACGCGAGCUGUUGCGCCCUCUCGCGAGAGGAAGGUGCGUCGUCGGUUCCGGAGUGGUCUCCGCCGGUUGCGGGGAAGUAAUUCCUGCUGCUGCACGAUGGCGUCCGUGGGGACUCUCGCCUUCGAUGAAUAUGGGCGCCCUUUCCUCAUCAUCAAGGAUCAGGACCGCAAGUCUCGUCUUAUGGGACUUGAAGCUCUCAAGUCUCAUAUAAUGGCAGCAAAGGCUGUAGCAAAUACAAUGAGAACAUCACUUGGACCAAAUGGACUUGAUAAGAUGAUGGUGGACAAGGAUGGUGAUGUGACUGUAACUAACGAUGGUGCCACCAUUUUAAGCAUGAUGGAUGUCGAUCAUCAGAUUGCCAAGCUGAUGGUUGAACUGUCCAAAUCACAGGAUGAUGAAAUUGGAGAUGGAACCACAGGAGUGGUUGUCCUGGCUGGUGCCUUGUUAGAAGAAGCCGAGCAGUUGCUAGACCGAGGCAUUCACCCGAUCAGAAUAGCCGACGGCUAUGAGCAGGCCGCCCGCAUUGCUAUUGAGCACCUGGACAAGAUCAGCGAUAGUGUCCUUGUUGACAUAAAGGACACUGAACCCCUGAUUCAGACUGCAAAAACCACGCUGGGCUCCAAAGUGGUCAACAGCUGUCACCGACAAAUGGCCGAGAUUGCUGUGAAUGCUGUCCUCACUGUGGCGGACAUGAAGCGGAGAGAUGUAGACUUUGAGCUCAUCAAAGUAGAAGGCAAAGUGGGCGGGAGGCUGGAGGACACGAAGCUUAUUAAGGGUGUGAUUGUGGAUAAGGAUUUCAGUCACCCACAGAUGCCAAAAAAAGUGGAAGAUGCUAAGAUUGCAAUUCUCACGUGUCCAUUUGAACCACCUAAACCAAAAACGAAGCAUAAGCUGGAUGUGACCUCUGUAGAAGAUUAUAAAGCCCUUCAGAAAUACGAAAAGGAGAAGUUUGAAGAGAUGAUUCAACAAAUCAAAGAAACUGGUGCUAACCUAGCAAUUUGUCAGUGGGGCUUUGAUGAUGAGGCGAAUCAUUUACUUCUUCAGAAUAACUUGCCUGCAGUUCGUUGGGUAGGAGGACCUGAAAUUGAGCUGAUUGCCAUCGCAACGGGAGGGCGGAUCGUGCCGCGGUUCUCAGAGCUCACAGCUGAGAAGCUGGGCUUUGCCGGUCUUGUAAAGGAAAUCUCAUUUGGGACAACUAAAGACAAAAUGUUGGUCAUCGAGCAGUGUAAGAACUCCAGAGCUGUAACCAUUUUCAUUAGAGGAGGAAAUAAGAUGAUCAUCGAGGAAGCAAAACGGUCCCUUCAUGAUGCUCUGUGUGUCAUCCGGAACCUCAUCCGUGAUAAUCGCGUUGUGUACGGAGGAGGGGCUGCGGAAAUAUCUUGUGCUCUGGCAGUUAGCCAAGAGGCAGAUAAGGUAAACACAUGCAAAAAUGAGACAGAUAUGAAGCAACAACAUGUAAUAGAAACCUUGAUUGGCAAAAAGCAACAGAUAUCUCUUGCAACACAAAUGGUUAGGAUGAUUUUGAAGAUCGAUGACAUUCGCAAGCCUGGAGAAUCUGAAGAAUAAAGAAAAAAUUGAGAAUAACAUGUAGUAAGAUCCACUACUGCGAUUAAAUAAAUGGGUGUCUCAUGAUGCAUCUACAGUUAUUUAUUAUUACAUCCUUUUUCAGACGCUGUAGAUGUUAUAAUAGAAGCAGCUGUUUGGUAACCAUAGUUUCACUUGUUUAAAGCUGUGUAAUUGUGGGGGUACUUUCUCACACGCUUUUGUAUUCAUUAUAUUAAAGGAAUCUCUUUAAACAACCUUCAUCUUCUUUUCAGGUUUCAGAAACAUUUAUUGUAACAUUAAUUAAAUGCUGCCUUAACUGAAA